UUUAUUAGUGAUAAUGUGACCUAGUGACAGUUUAUAUUGAAACAUACAAGGAUGACUUCUACACAGGAUCUCGUGAGCCAGUCAAAUGUCGAUUUAUCACCGAAAAAGGACUCAUUGCCGGGUGGAGCAAUUAGGAGGAAGUGGAAUUAUCUGAAAGAAGUGAUAACUGUUGAGCCUCUUGUAACGUCUUACUUAGUGGCUGCUGUUAUAUGUCUACCAGCUUUAUUAACCCUCGAACUUGAGAAAUCGUGUCGUUCCAACUUGGGGUUGAACGAGACAGUGUGUAAAGCAAUACGAGACAGUGAACACGACAAUUACACGGAUGUCAAUGAUGAAAUAACGAUUCUUCUGAACGGGGUUCACUCGUGGCAGGCUCCAUGUCAAAAUUUCGCGCCACUGAUACUUGUGCUCUUCAUAGGGUCCUACAGCGAUCGACGCCAAAUACGGAAACCCUUCAUGAUUUUGCCGCUUGUUGGAGAACUGUUUGCAGUUGUUGGAUGCAUCUUAUCGGUGAUUUUCAUGGAAGAAUGGCCUGUUGAGGUGCAGGGUUUUCUCCAAGCGGUGGUUCCUUCUCUUUUCGGUGGACCUACGAUGUUGAUAAUGGCGGUUUUCUCGUAUGUAGCGGAUUCCAGCACUGUGGAAAUGAGAACUGUAAGGAUAGCUAUAGUGCAGAUGAUUCUUAACGUAGCUAUACCGAUAGGACAGUUCUUGAGUGGUUUUCUCUUUAUCCGUUUGGAUUACAUUGGUGUUCUUCUGGUUGCCGCUGGUCUUUAUCUUUUCGGUAUUGCUUACGGCAUAUUCUUCAUCAAAGAAGCGAAACUACCCAAGAUUCAAAAAGACAAAAGUUUGUUAGCGGACAUGUUCGACCCAACUAAUGCACUGGACACGUUUAAGGUCCUUUGGAAGAAAGAUGCCCACAAGGAUCUGCCUCUUCUUUGGGGUAUCUUGGUAUUAUUCUUCAUUGUAACUGGUGUUUCAAAUGUAAAUCUUACAACAUUGUUCCUGUAUUUGCGAAAUACUUUUCAUUGGACCGGCCCUGACUUUUCUCUCUUCUCAGCAACAAAUACUGUUAUUCAUUUGAUUGGUAUUGUCCUAUUCGUGCCGCUUUUCACGAAAGUCUUCAAUUUGAGCGAUGUGACAAUAUUAAUUUUCACAUUUCUGGAUAAAAUAGCCACCACGAUUAUUACAGGAUUGGCAAGAUCAAACAUAGUAUUAUAUAUAGGGUGCUUCGUGAGUAUAAUCACCAACAUCACAAUUGUAGCACUGAGAUCAAUGGCUACAAAAGCUGUAUCUGAAGAAGAUCUGGGAAAAGCCCAAUCGCUUUUUGGCAUAUGCGAAGCCUUAGGUAUAGCUGCAAUGACACCACUGAUCAAUACAGUAUUCACGGCAACUCUUAAUGAUUUUCCAUCUGCGUUUAUUUUCAUUGAGACCAUAGUGUACACUGUAUGCUUCCUGAUGGCAUUUUCUUUCUACUGCAGAGGAAAUGAGCCAAAUGAAGAGAAACAACCUCAAGAAAGAGCGGAAUAUAAAAUGAAGAAUGAUGAAUUUCAGACUACACAUAUAUAGAUUAUACAUACUGAUUAUACACGAUCAUAGUAUUCGUUAAGUUUCAAAUAAAUAUAUUUUUAUUACAUUA